GGCAGCCAAGUGAAGUUCCUGAUUGUUAAGCUGUGAAAUUUCCACGUUCCUGCUCAUCAAAAAGAUAAUAUAAAUAUCCUCAGAUAUCUUUUCUAUACCACACCUUCAAACACAGCAUUCUCUUCACUUCAGUCUCUACUACUCUCAAUUAAAAACACUAUCUUUAAGUUUAUCUUUCGUUCCUCAAACAACAAUCAAAAUGAAGCUCUCUCCAAUGGUCGCUUCCGCGCUUCUCCUUUUCCUCCCCGCCAUCGUCUCCGCAGCUCCUACCUCAUCUCCCGCUGAGAUUUCCACCCCCGCUGAAAUCUCCACCAUCGAAUCAGACCCUACGCAGCUCUUCGGUCGCGAUGGCCAAACAUGCAACGAGCCAAGACCCGUCAUGACAGGCGACAAGGCCAAAGAUGACGCCGCCACAAAGAAAUACAACGAUCUCAAGAAAAAGAUGGCCGACGCCACCACUGCCGCCCACAAGGGACAAACUGCUUGUCCCUCCAGUUCGCUUACCGAUUUCACUAAAUCGAAGGAUAAGACGAAGAGAACUCAGAUCAAGACUAAGUGUGUCAAUGGCUAUCAAGCAUGCGUCACGAACCGCAAGGCAGCUAAUACUGCAUGCACUCAACUUGGAGGAACUGUUGACCAAGGUCACUUGACUGCCGUCACCGUUUGCCAAACAUCGCUUAACACCUGGAAGGCAAAAACUCCUUAGAUAAUGGAGCAAUGUGUCAUUUUCGACGCUUUGAUUGACUUUUAAAGUCGGGGAUGAAGUUUGUGGGAUUUUCUAUUUGAUUUUGUUUCUGUUGUGUCUUCGCGAGAAGAAUUUUGGCAUUGGAGGGUUGUUUCGCUUGGAUGGAAAGAAAUUGCAUACUGGUUGGAUUGGAUUUGGGUUUACUAGAAGUUUGUUUUUACCGAUAUUAUCAAUGCAUAAAGGAGCUCGUUUGCACCCUUAAUA